UCAGGUUGUCCUAACUCAUCUGCCCAGGUGUUGAUGAUGCAGGUCAACACCCUUGUUGUUGCCAACUGACAUGGAUAGCCUCUACAUAUAUGCAUCUGCAUGUGCUGGUUAGCAAACGCAAGCAUGGACCUACUCAUCCGAUCAAUAAACAUUAUAUGCUUGGCGUAUAAGUAUGGCUCAGGUGGGGCAUUAAGUAGUACAGAUGAGAGGAAAACUGCCUUCAAAGACCUCCGUGAUUUGCCAACGGGACAUGGAUUCAGCUUCUAGACCUUCUUCUCUGUUUGUCAUUGCUCUGACUAUCUUGGCCCUGCAAUGGCCGAAGGGAACAACGGCCUUUCCCACAAUGCCCCUCUCCAGCCUGUUUGCCAAUGCAGUUAUAAGGGCACAGCAUCUCACCUGCUAGCAGCUGAUACCUUCAAGGAGUUUGAACGUUCCUACAUCUCAGAAGCCCAGCGGUACUCCAACAAAAACUCUCCAUCUUCAUACUGUUAUUCUGAAACCAUCCCUGCACCCACAGGGAAGGAAGAUGCCCAGCAAAGAACGGACAUGGAGCUUCUCAGGUUUUCGCUGACUCUCAUUCAGUCCUGGCUAGGUCCUGUACGGUUCCUAAGCAGGGUGUUCACUAAUAGCCUGGUCUUUGGGACUUCGGACAGAGUGUAUGAAAAACUCCAAGACUUGGAAGAAGGUAUCCAGGCUCUUAUGAGGGAGCUGGAGGACGGGAGCUCACGGGGUGUUCAGCUGCUCAGACCCACCUACGACAAAUUUGACGUCAACCUCCGGAGCGAAGACGCUCUGCUGAAAAACUACGGCCUUCUGUCCUGCUUCAAGAAGGACCUGCACAAGGUGGAGACCUACCUGAAAGUGAUGAAGUGCCGGCGUUUCGGGGAAGUUAACUGCACCAUCUGAGGGGAGAAGUACCAUUUCCUAAGGCCUGGAGUUAGUGCGCUGCUGGUGCCUCUGCU